UUCAAUUUCAAGUCCGUCUGUGCGACAGACCAAGAUAGCAAAGAAGGAAAGGAGGAGCCCCUGCUCUGCGCAGCGAAUAGGAAUUAUAGGAUAACAAGGGUGAGGGUGCGGACGCAGAAAAACGUUUCUACUACGAUCGCUGUGGAUGGGCCAGUCGUCUUCGACUGCCGGAAUCCCAUCGGCGUCAGACCGCCGCGAUACCAACUACAGCCAUCGCACCAAGAAUAGAUCCACGCCUGUUAUCUCGCCGAUGCAAGUCGAGCUGAAUCCCGAGAUUCCGAGGAAUGUCCCAGGAACUUGUGAUUACAUUUCUGAUCUGCCCGAUGAAUGCUUGGCCUGCAUUUUCCAGUCCCUUGGCUCCGGCGACCGUAAAAGCUGUUCUCUAGUCUGUCGGCGAUGGUUUCGAGUCGAAGGACAGAGCCGACACCGUCUAUCGCUCAAGGCGGAAUCCGAUCUACAAUCUCUGAUUCCCUCUAUUUUUUCUCGGUUUGAUGCUGUAACCAAACUGGCAUUGAAAUGCGACCGACGAUCCGUCAGCAUCGGCGACGAGGCUCUUGUCCAAAUCUCUUUGCGUUGCCGAAACCUUACACGACUCAAACUUCGCGCUUGCCGUGAGUUGACCGACGCAGGCAUGGAGGCCUUCGCUAAGAACUGCAAGGGUUUGAAGAAGCUUUCCUGUGGCUCCUGCAUGUUUGGUUCUAAGGGCAUGAAUGCUAUCCUAGAUCACUGUUCUGCUCUCGAAGAGUUGUCGGUGAAGCGCCUCCGUGGCAUCACGGAUGGGACCGCUGCCAAGCCUAUCGGGCCGGGUGCCGCGGCCUCGUCCCUCAAAACUAUAUGCCUCAAGGAGCUUUACAAUGGCCAGUGCUUUGGACCGCUUAUCGUCUGUGCCAAGAAUCUUAGGACCCUAAAACUAUUUCGUUGUUCCGGGGAUUGGGAUAAGCUUCUGGAAGCCAUUGCAAAUCGAGUUACUGCUUUGGUAGAAGUCCAUCUCGAGAAGCUCCAGGUUAGCGACCUUGGCCUCGCCGCUAUCUCAAAUUGUUUGGAUCUGGAAAUCUUGCACCUUGUUAAGAUUCCAGAGUGUACAAAUGCGGGCCUUGUGUCUAUUGCUGAUCGCUGCAAGCUCCUGCGGAAGCUUCACAUUGACGGAUGGAAGACAAAUAGGAUAGGCGACGAGGGUCUUAUUGCCAUUGCUAAACGCUGCCCUAACCUUCAGGAAUUGGUUCUAAUAGGUGUCAAUCCCACUUCUUUGAGUUUGGGGCUGCUUGCAGCCAAUUGCCAGAAUCUAGAGCGAUUAGCUUUGUGUGGGAGUGAAACGAUUGGUGAUGCGGAGAUAUCGUGUAUUGCUGCCAAAUGCAUGGCACUGAAGAAGCUUUGUAUCAAGAGCUGCCCUGUCUCGGACCAUGGUAUGGAAGCACUUGCUAACGGUUGUCCUAAUCUGGUCAAGGUGAAGGUCAAGAAGUGCCGGGCAGUAACCUCCGAGGGUGCGGAAUGGUUGAGAGCAUGCAGGGGGUCAUUGGCUGUCAACUUGGACACUGGUGAUGUUGAACAUCAGGACGCCAGUGCUAGUGAUGGUGGAGCCCAGGAAAAUGGUGCCGAGUUUCCUCCAGUGGUCGGCCAAGUCAAUGCUGCUGAUAUUCCAUCGAGCAGUCAUGGUCGAUCAACAAUGUUCAAGUCGAGGUUAGGCAUUUUUGCUGGGAGGAGUUUCGUAGCCUGCACCUUCAGGCGAUGGUCAAACAAUAGUAGUAAUUCCCGCAACAAUUAGUGGGAAAUUGCAGAGAAGGUUGAAGGAGGAAAAAAAGCACCUGAUGCGUUAACAUUAUUUUGUGUUGUAUUAUUUGUUGAUGUUUUCCUUGUUUCUAAUAUCGUGUGUUGUCCUUCAAAAUUGAAACCCUGCUGUUGGAAAUGGCAACUGCAAGAAAUUUUCAGUUUUCUCUUGCUUGAUUAUAUCUUGUAUUCAUGUGUUUCUGUGCUUCUUUUUUAGACAGCUUCUACAGAAGUUCUCAUUCUUUAUGUAUUUCCUUUUCUUGAUGCACCUAUUUUGUCUUUAUCUGCAAGAAAACAUGGUUUACCCAACUGCUUGUGGGGCAUAUGAAUAACAGCUUUAGCAGGAUGGCUACAACAUUUAGAUUA